CCGUUCCCUGUUUUUCUUGCCCAUUGGUGCGAUGCUUGCCGAGUUAUUGGUUGAUUAACUUGUCGAUCAUGAUGAGCACCUCGCCUUCGUUCUGAUCGGCAUCUGCUGAUCCGGUGGUUUGCAAAGCUGUGCAGCGGAACAAUUGGUUUUCGGGUUUCGGAAAGAAACGCUGAGACUAGCCGGGAAAUGAUCUGCCCAACUCAGGAGAAUGAUGUGCAACAAAUUCAAUCCAGCUGUUGACUACACUGAAGAGUAACUCCGAAAACUUCUCCUGGAUUGAAGGAUUGUAAUGUCCGGGAGAAGGAUAUGGGAGAGAGUGAAAGUGUUCGCAAGGACGAACUGCGGACGCCGGAACCUCACGGAAUAGCGACGCUGAGGCAGAGGUGGCAGAAGUGGGCUGGUGACCACAGGGAGUACCAGAGGAGUAAUCCUUUCAGUGGCGCCCAUGUCCCGUCUUGGGAACCGCACAAAGCGGGAGAGGAAUACGGGCGUCCGAAAAAAGGAUCAAAAACUGAGCGGAGGGGGAAAGAUGCACAGCGCCUGGUCGACAGAGAAAUCGAGGAAUUGUUGUAUAUUAUUAGAAAGAACGGAGAAUCCGGUCCAGAUGGGAACAUUUGUGUGAGGUUUGGAAAAUUGUUUGACGCCUAUGUGACAAUUUCCAAUAAAGUGGUGGGGCUUCUCUUACGAGCGAGGAAACACGGUCUGAUUGACUUUGACGGGGAAAUGCUGUGGCAAGGAAGGGACGAUCAGGUUCUCAUCACGCUGCUGGAGUGAGAUUAGGUUCCCAGUCGUUGUUAAGAAAUGGUGCCGAGCAGCUUGCGAAGUUUCGCUGAUAACUGUUGACGGGUUUGGAGAUGGAAUUGUUUCUGACCUCCAAACCCGGGCUCCGCGGCUCUAGGUUAUUUUUUUAAACAGUGAAUCUGCGCUUAUCGUACAGCGAAUAACCAGCAACUUGAGCUAAUGCUUUUGACUCAGAGUUCAAAGUACAUAUAUGUCACCAUAUACACCCCUGAGAUUCAUUUUCCAGUGGGCAUACUCAACAACUAUAACAGGAUCAAUGAAAGAUCAACCAGUGCAGAAGACAACAAACUGUGAAAAUGCAAAUAUAAAUAAAUAGCAAUGAGUAACGAGAACAUGAGAUAAUGAGACACAGAGUCCUUCAAGUGAUGCCAUUGGAAACGUUUCAAUGAUGGGGCAAGUGAGUGUGGUUAUCCCCUUCUAAUCAAGAGCCUGAUGGUUGAGGGGUAGUAACUGUUCAUGAAACUGGUGGUGUCAGUCAUGAGGCUCUUGUACCUUCUACCUGAUGGCAGCAGCGAGAAGUGAGCAUGGGCCGGGUGGUGGGGAUCUCUGAUGAUGGAUGCUGCUUUCCUACGACAGUGUUUCACGUAGAUGUGCUCGGAUGGUUGGGAGGGCUUUACCAGUGAAGUUCUGGGCCAAAUCCACUACUUACUGCGAGGAUCCACUCCCUACUGCAGCUCAAGGACAUCAGUGUCUCCAUACCAGCCCAUGAUGGAGCUAGUCAAUGUACUCUUCACUACACAACUACAGAAGUUUGUCAAAAGUUUUGGGUGUCAUUGCAGAAUCUCCACAGACUCCUAAGGAGGUAGAGACACUGCUAUGCUUUCUUCCCAAUUGCACUGAAGUGUUGGGCCACUGAAGUAGUAAUACCCAGGAAUUCGAAGCUGUUAACCUUCUCCAUCUCUGAUCUUCUGAUGAGGAAUGGCUCACAGACCACUGGUUUCCUUCUCCUGAAGUCUAUAAUCAGUUCACUGGUCUUGUUGACAUUGAGUAGGAGGUUGUUGUUAUGACAGCACUCAGCCAAUUUUUCAAUCUUCCUCCUGUAUGCCAUGGCAACCGAGAAGUCAAAGCCAAUAUAAAAGCCAAAGAGAAGUUGAUAUAAUAGAGCAAAAAUGAGUGGAAAGUUAGAGGAUUGGGAAGUUUUUAAACACUUCAUAAGGCAACUAAAAAGUCAUUAAGAAGGAAAAGAUAGAAUACGAAAGUAAGCUAGUCAACAAUAUUAAAGAGGAUACCAAAAGUUUCAUCCGAUACAUGAAGUGUUAAGGAGAGUUGAGAGUGGAUAUCGGACCAUUGGAAAAUGAUGCUGGAGAGGUAGGAAUGGGGGACAAGGAAAUGGCAGACAAACUGAAUAAGUAUUUUGCAUCAGAUUUCACUGUGGAAAACACCGGCAGUAUGGUGGAAGUUCCAGAAUGUCAGGGGUCAUGAAGUGUGUGAAAUUGCCAUUACUAAGGAGAAGGUUUAUAGGAAACUGCGAGCUCUGAAGGUAAUCACCUAGACCAGAUGGUGUACACCCCAGGUUUCUGAAAGAAGUAGCUGAAGAGAUUGUGGAGGCAUUAGUAAUGAUCUUUCAAGAAUCACUAGAUUCUGGAAUGGUACCAGAAAACUGGAAAAUUGCAAAUACCCCUCUACUCUUUAAGAAGGGAGGCAGAAGAAAGAAAAUUAUAGGUCAGUUAGUCUGACCUCAGUGGCUGGGAAGAUGUUGGAGUCGAUUAUUAAGGAUGUGGUUUUGGGGGUUAUGUAAUGCCCUGGUUAAGAUUUUUACUGCUAAUACUAUAGGGUAUUUCAUUUAGUAGCUUUCUGUAGCAGCAGUAUGUCCUGCUGAUAGUGUUUGGGUUUCAGUUAAAGCUAAGGGGCUAUGAUGUUCAACUUAGGAAUGUUGUGUCAGCUAAUCAGGAUGGUGGAAUUGGGAGAAGGUUCUAGAGAAAGCUAGGCAGAGAGAAGGUUAUGAAGGACACUGGUGCUCUUUUUUGCGGGAGAUGGAGAGGGGAGAAGAUCAGGAGAGACAGCCAUAGGAUUCGAUCCAGCAGGAAGAGGCCAUUGCAAGGAGUGCUUUGCGAGGCAAAGGAGUCCAAGAUGGGAAGCUCUGCCAGUGAUUGUUGAUGAGAAUUCAGCACCGUGAGUAACGGUCAUACCCAGCUUAUGGAAGAUACGAGCUCCAAUAAUGUGCCGAUUUAGACUGGUUUUAAUUGUAAUGGACCCUUUUAUUUUUUCUUUUUCUUUUCCUCUUAAUAACUGGUUGAUAAAGCUGAAAUUAGAAAUACACUUUCUUUAAAAUUGUAUGCAGUGUACAAUCUGUUAUUUCUUGCCAACGGAUAAUUAUGUAUGGGCAGUAUUUACACAGCAUUCGCAGAAGUCGGGCUUCUGUUAAUUGAAGCACGCACACAUGUUUUUCAACCAGCGCACAAAGGAAAUUAAUGUGCACACAAAAGGUUAGUUACCUAAAAUAAUGUAAUAAUUAAUAAUUAUACUUAUUGAAAAUAAUCUUUUAGCUAAAUGUUUCUGUUAACUAGUCAGUCAGUUUUUCAAAUACCACAAUGCACGUCACUAAUUUACGUCACCUCACCUUUCCUGUUCCGGUUUGCACAGCUGCAUCACGGCGGCAGCCCUGUUUGGCGGACAGUGUUCAUAUCAUAAAGUUUACAAAGAUCUGUUUCAAAUCUUGUAGAUAGCUUACUAAGUUUUUAUUGAAAAAAAUACUGUAAGUAAGUUUAAUGAUUUCAAAUUUUGCAUGCAAGAAAAAAUUAAAUCCAAACUGAUUU